UCCACGAACAGCAAGUGAUGAGACGACGGUGGUGAACCAUGCUGCGAUUUAUCAUCUGACAGUAAUAAUUGAUUGCAGAACUUUUGUAUCACAAUGUUGCGCGUUGUUGUGGAAUCUGCCAAAGAUCUUCCAAAAAAGACACUUGGAAGUCCUGACCCCGUAACAUCGAUUAUUUUUAAAGGUGAAAAGUUAAAGACAAAAUCAAUUGACAGUGAGUUAAAUCCAGUUUGGAAUGAAGUCCUAGAGUUUGAUUUGAAGGGAUCGUCCUUGGAUUCUUCCUCAUUCAUUGAUGUUAUAGUGAAAGACUAUGAAACCAUUGGAAAAGACAGGUUCAUUGGCUCUGCAAAAGUCUAUCUUAAAGAGCUGGCAAGUGGCCAGUUGAAGUCCAUCCCUUCAAAGAAUUUGCCUCUUCUGAAUGAAAAAAGUGAAAAUAUCGGAGCUUCCAUCAGUUUGGUGAUUGGAUAUGAGCCUCCAGCGGGAGCCCUGCCUGAUCCAAACAGCCAACCAGAAGGGGACACUGCAGAUGGAGGAGGUGGAGGUGAUGAGGAGGAGGGAGACGCAGCUGACGGGGGCCAGAUGGGGGGAGCGUCCUCUCCUGGCCAGCCUGGUGACCCAAACCAGAGGGUCAUGCGGAGGACACGGGCUAGGAAAAGACACAAACUAGCGAACAAACCUCAGGAUUUCCAGAUUCGUGUUCGGGUUAUCGAAGGUCGACAGUUGCCUGGAAACAAUAUCAAGCCUGUCGUCAAGGUUAACAUCAGUGAAGAGACGCAUCGAACGAGGAUAAAGAAAGGAAACAAUCCCUAUUUUGAUGAGAUUUUCUUUUACAACAUCAACAUGUUGCCCUCAGAGUUGUUUGAUGAAUAUAUCGUCAUACGGGUGUAUGACUCCUCCUGUCUGAGGGCGGACAGCCUGAUGGGGGAGUUUAAGCUGGACAUUGGAUAUGUCUAUGAUGAGCCAGCUCACGCCAUCAUGAGGAAGUGGCUCCUGCUGAAUGACCCGGACGACUCCAGCUCUGGGGCUAAGGGCUAUCUCAAAGUCAGCCUGUUCGUCGUCGGAACAGGAGACGAGCCCCCGGUGGAGAGUGAGGAAAGUAACGAGGACCGGGACGACAUCGAGAGCAACCUGCUGGUGCCGGCUGGAGUCGCACUGCGCUCGAUCACGCUGACUCUCAAAGUGUUCAGGGCCGAGGACAUCCCCCAGAUGGAUGAUGCUUUCGCACAGUCAAUCAAGGAGAUAUUUGGAGGGGAGGGUGACAAGAAGAACCUGGUGGACCCAUUUUUAGAAGUCCAGUUUGCUGGCAAAAAGCUUUGCACUAAAAUAUUUGAGAAGAACGCAAACCCUGAGUGGAAUCAGCAGCUUCACCUGCAGGUCAAGUUCCCGUCUAUGUGUGAGCGCAUCAAACUAACGCUCUUUGACUGGGAUCGACUCACAAGGAAUGACGCAAUAGGAACAACAUAUUUAAAUCUCACUAAAAUAGCGUCAUCUGGUGGUGAGAUUGAAGACGGAUAUGGGGCUUCUUCCGAAUAUGAAGGUUUUGGCAAAACUGGGGAGGCUGAAGUUGGAUUCCUCCCAGCCUUUGGGCCAUGUUUCGUUAACUUUUAUGGAAGUCCCAGGGAAUAUACCGGUCUUCCUGACCCAUAUGACGAACUGAAUUUUGGGAAGGGUGUUGGCGUGGCCUACAGAGGGAGAGUUCUGAUUGAGCUUACUGCCAAACUCGACGGCAAGGUUGACAAGUCUGUAGAGGAAAUCCCAUCCGAUGACAUUUUGGUGGCGCAGAAAUACCAGCGGAGGAGGAAGUACUCUUUGUGUGUGGUGUUCCACGGCGCCCAUAUGCUGCAGGAGCCAGGGGAGCCCAUCCAGUUUGAAGUCAGCAUCGGAAACUAUGGCAACAAGCUGGACGCAACCUGCAAGCCCCUGGCAUCAACAACCCAGUACAGUUGUGCUGUGUUUGAUGGUAACCACUACUACUACUUGCCCUGGGCGGAUACUAAGCCUGUUGUAGUUAUCACAUCAUUUUGGGAGGACAUCAGCCACCGUCUGGCUUCAGUCAACAUCCUUUUGUACAUCGCCGAGAGGCUGCAAUCUAACCUCACCUCGUUGAAGAUUGCUAUUGUGGCGAAGGUCACAGAAACUCGCCUAGCAGAGAUCUGGCUGAAGCUGGUAAACCAUAUCAUUGAGGACCUAAGCAGCUUUAAAAUGCCAGACCUGGAGGGGAAGCCUCACCUGACGGCCUUGGACAUUCAGAAGAAGAAGCUCCGGGACAGCGGCCUGGAGUCGAUCCGCGCCGGGGCCCUGCGGAUGAAGGAGGAGGCCACCGACGUGAAGCAGACGCUGGGGGACAUCGAGGGCUGGCUGGAGAGGCUGAGGGCGCUGGCUGAGGAGCCCCAGAACGGCAUGCCUGACGUGAUCAUCUGGAUGCUGCGGGGAGAGAAGAGGGUGGCCUACGCUCGAAUCCCAGCCAAUCAGGUGCUGUAUUCCACCGACAGUGAGCAGGCCUGUGGCCAGUACUGCGGCAGGACCCAGACCAUCUUCCUGCAGUACCCCAUGGACAAAGACAAAGGACUGAAGGUUCCAGUUCAGGUCCGUGUCAAUAUGUGGAUGGGCCUGUCGGCUCACGAGAAGAAAUUCAACAGCUAUUCAGAGGGAACCUUCAGUGUCUUUGCAGAAAUGUAUGAGAACCAGGCUGAGGUGUUUGGGAAGUGGGGAACCACUGGUCUGGUGGGUCGCUACAAGUUCUCUGAUAUUACUGGCAAGUUGAAGCUGAAGCAGGAGUACUUCUUGCCCCCUAGUGGCUGGGAGUGGGACAGCGGGUGGUUUGUGGAUCCAGAGAAGAGUCUGCUGACGGAGGCGGACGCGGGACACACGGACUUCACGGACGAGGUCUUUCAGAAUGAGACGCGCCUCCCUGGGGGGAAUUGGAAGCCUGCAGCCGAGCCUUACACAGAUGUGAAUGGGGAGAAGACUCUAAGCCCUGGGGAAAUCGAGUGUCCAGCAACCUGGAGAUGGGAGGAUGCCUGGAGUUUCGACAUCAACAGAGCCGUGGAUGAGCAAGGCUGGGAGUAUGGUGUGACCAUUCCUCCCGAUGAUAAACCCAGGUCCUGGGUGUCGGCAGAGAAGAUGUACCAUGUUCACCGGCGAAAGAGAAUGAUCAGGCGACGUAUAAGGAUCCCGGGUGUCAGUUCACCAGUUGAGAAGAAGUCUUUGGGUGAUCCAGAGGGCUGGGAGUACUCGUCUCUGAUUGGGUGGAAGUUCCACAGGAUCGAACGCUCCUCGGACACGUUCCGCCGGAGACGCUGGCGAAGGAAGAUGGGUCCUGCCGACAUGCUUGGAGCGGCUGCCAUCUUCAAACUGGAGGGGGCGCUGGGGAUUGAUGACGAUGAGAAAGGUUCUGAAAAAUCAGAUGCUACGAAAGUCUUUGGUGCCAACACACCGACUGUUUCUUGCUGCUUUGACAGGUCUUUUGUGUACCAUCUCAGGGUUUAUGUUUACCAAGCUAGAAACCUCCUUGCAAAGGACAAAGAUAGCUUUUCAGAUCCAUAUGCCCAUGUGUCCUUUGUACAUAUGAGUAAAACCACAGAGAUCAUAAAGUCCACCUUGAACCCAACGUGGGACCAGACUCUUAUCUUCGACGAUGUAGAAAUAUACGGGGACCCUCAGACCACUGCCCAGGACCCGCCCAGCGUGGUCCUCGAGUUCUACGACUCUGACCAAGUGGGUAAAGACGAGCUGCUGGGUCGGAGUCUGUGCCCACCGCUGGUCAAUCUCAACCCCAGCACGGAGGUGACCCCCAAACUGCUGUGGUUCCCCAUCAUACAGAAGGGGGAGCCUGCUGGGGAGGUGCUGGUAGCUGCUGAGCUCCUUCUGAAAGUCAAGGGAAAUGAGGCUGAACUCCCCAUCGUGCCUCCCAAACGGGCUGAGAACCUGUACAUGGUCCCCCAGGGGAUUCGGCCCGUAGUGCAGCUCACUGCCAUAGAGAUUUUGGCCUGGGGUUUGCGCAACAUGAAAACUUACCAGCUGGCCACAGUAUCCUCCCCCAGCCUCGUCGUGGAGUGCGGAGGGGAGUUUGUCCAGUCAGCGGUCAUCAAGAACAUCAAGAAGAGCCCCAACUUCCCUGGAUCCGUUCUCUUCCUUAAAGUGCUUCUUCCCAAAGAGGAGAUGUACACACCUCCAAUUGUGCUGAAGGUGAUUGACCACAGGCCUUUUGGAAGAAAGCCUGUUGUAGGACAGUGCACUAUAAGCUCCCUGGAAGAGUUUCGCUGCGAUCCCUACACCACCAAGGCUGAAGUAGCCAUGACAUCUAAAGUGGCUCUCAUGGCAGCUCCGGGUAAAGACUUUAUCAUUGAGGUGGAGGACAGUCGGCCCCUCUUGUCAGCUCAGCGAGAAGAAAUGGAAAAAGAAACCGUAGACUGGUGGAGUAAAUACUAUGCCUCCAUUGGAGACCAUCAGAAGUGUGGGCCAUACCUGCAGAAAGGGUAUGACACCUUAAAGAUUUAUGACUGCGAACUGGAGGAUGUUCCUGAGUAUCGGGGGCUGACCGACUUCUGCAACACCUUCAAACUGGCGAGGGGCAAGGCCGGUGGAAAAGAUGAAGACCCCACUGUGGUGGGAGAAUUCAAGGGCUCCUUUAGGGUGUACCCUCUGUCAGACGACCCUGGGGAUCCUGUGCCCCCUCGGCAGUUUCGAGAGCUGCCUGACAGUGGACCCCAGGAGUGUUUGGUCAGGAUCUACAUCAUCCGUGCCAUCGACCUGCAGCCCAAGGACAACAACGGCAUGUGUGAUCCUUAUAUUAAGAUCUCUCUGGGAAAGAAAUCGAUUGAAGACCGAGAUAACUACCAGCCAAAUACCAUAAACCCUGUGUUUGGAAGGAUGUUUGAUAUUUCCUGCUUCCUUCCUCAAGAAAAAGACCUGAAAAUCUCCAUCUAUGACUACGAUUUGUUGAGUCGUGAUGAAAAAGUUGGCGAGACGGUGAUUGAUCUGGAAAAUCGGUUCCUUUCUCGCUUUGGAUCAUAUUGCGGGCUACCCCAGACAUACUGCACCUCUGGGAUUAACCAAUGGCGAGAUCAGCACAAACCAUCUCAGAUCCUGCAGAAUAUGGCUAGGCUGAAAGGAGUCCCUCCACCCAUUACAGGAGACGGUGGCAACACAUUAACUUUCCAAGGCCGAGAGUACAGCCUUUCCGAAUUUGAAGCCAACAAAGAGAUCCACCAGCACUUGGGUCCACCGAAUGAGCGCAUCGCUCUGCACGUGCUCAGAACACAGAGCCUGGUGCCUGAACAUGUAGAGACAAGAACACUGUACAGUAGCUUCCAGCCAACACUGUCUCAGGGAAGGGUUCAAAUGUGGGUUGACAUAUUCCCUAAAAGUCUCGGUCAUCCAGGGCCCCCCUUCGACAUUGCACCGCGCAAAGCGAAAAAAUAUUUCCUACGCGCCGUCAUUUGGAACACGACUGAUGUCACUUUGGAUGAAACCAGCAUCACUGGAGAGCAUAUGAGUGACAUCUAUGUCAAAGGGUGGAUGGCAGGAAUGGAAGAGGACAAACAGAAGACAGAUGUCCACUACAGGUCCCUGGAUGGAGAUGGAAAUUUCAACUGGAGAUUUGUUUUUGGCUUUGACUUCCUGCCUGCUGAACAGCUGUGCCUUGUAUCCAAGAAAGAACAUUUUUGGAGUCUUGACAAAACUGAAUUCAGGAUACCGCCCAGGUUCACUGUCCAGAUUUGGGAUAAUGACAAAUUCUCACUGGAUGACUACUUAGGCUCUCUUGAACUGGAUUUGCACAACUUGAUCUCCCCUGCCAAGACGCCAGAAAAGUGCAGCCUGAAAAUGCUCCCAGACCUGGGUGGAGUUUCCCCUCCCAAAGGCGACCUCUCCAAAUCGCUGUUUGCUCAGAAGGCUGUCAGAGGCUGGUGGCCAUGUGUGAUUGAGAAAGACGGAAAUAAAGAGUUGGGCGGAAAGGUUGAGAUGACUCUGGAAAUUGUGAGUGAGAAGGAGAUUGAUGAGAAGCCUGCUGGAAAGGGAAGGGAUGAACCCAACAUGAACCCAAAGCUGGAUCCUCCUAACCGUCCGGAAACGUCUUUCUUUUGGUUUACAAAUCCUUGCAAAACCAUGAAAUUCAUUGUGUGGCGCAGAUUCAAAUGGGUCUUCAUUGGGCUCCUCAUUCUCAUACUCGUGCUACUCUUCAUUGCCAUCCUCCUGUACUCGUUACCGAACUAUGUUGCCAUGAAAAUUGUCAAUCCCAAAUGAGGAGAUAUGAAAGAGGCUGCAACCUGGAACCAGUUGUGACAAUCAAGAAUCAUCAGCCACAAUGGCACAUAUUUUUUUCAAUCUCCCUUUUAGCAAACUGUGUACAAACUAUGUGUACUGGAAAACUAUGUUCCUUUUUGUUGAUGAAAUGUGCCUUACAUGUACACAGUUCAAUGUAUAUCUUGCUCACAUUUUGCUAUUUUGAUUUGGGUAAACUUGAUUUGGUAAAUCUUAGCCCAUGGAACAUUCUAGUUGCACUAUUUCUGUUACAAGUUCCAUUUGAACACAGUUCACAAAAAAAAAAAAAAAAAAAAAAAAACUGGAAGCUUCUGCAACCAAUUUCACUACAGUACAGUACAAUAACGUGUUAAGACACAGUAAUUGCACCAGCCAUGUUUCGUUAACUAUGACUUUGCCUUUAAAACGUUUAAAACAAAAGUAUGCAGUCAAGUGAUUUUUAAAAGCUGAGAAAAAUAUAUUCAAGUAACAUUUAUUAUCGUUAAUGUCUUAACUUGAAUUGUGAAAUGUAAGCUAAAUUAAAAUGAAUGGUUAACUACAAUAAAAUGGCAUUGAUGGAAAAAUAACACUGCAACUACUGUGAUGGACUCUUCUUGGGUUGUCGAAAAUGUUUAAAGGAUGGCAUCUAGAAUCUAAAUGGUACAGCAAAGUGUAACUUCCUUUUGUAGUUAACAAAAUAUGUAAAAAUGCCUUGGCAACAAGAAAAAAUAUUCCACAAGACAUUUCAACCGUGUAAGGAUUUUAUUGAGAAUGCACAAGACAAGUAAAAAAUGACCCAGUCCAGUGUUUCGUUGCUAUAUCUUUACAAUAAACCACUUUUUAAUGUAA